UUCCACCUUCGCCACUUUCAACAGGUUCAACAGUGUCUAGGCACGCGUCAGUAAGAGCAGUAAGAAAGUGUGAAGUUGCAAAUAAGUGCGAGUAAUUUUGUAUGUAAAUAAAUUAGUUGUGAAUUAAAAGUUAUUCCGACAGAAAUAUGGGUCUUUUGACAAUUUUGAAGAAAAUGAAGCUGAAAGAAAAGGAAAUGAGGAUAUUAAUGCUAGGUUUGGACAAUGCUGGGAAAACCACUAUUUUGAAGAAAUUCAAUGGAGAAGAAAUUGAUACAAUUUCACCAACUUUAGGUUUUAAUAUUAAAACAUUAGAACAUAAAGGGUACAAAUUAAAUAUUUGGGAUGUUGGAGGCCAAAAAUCACUUCGUUCUUACUGGAGAAACUACUUUGAAAGAACAGAUGGAUUGAUCUGGGUAGUUGAUAGUGCCGACAAGAGAAGACUGGAUGAUUGUAGAAAAGAACUGCAUGCGCUUCUUCAAGAAGAGAGGUUAGCUGGAGCAACAUUACUGAUCUUCUCUAAUAAGCGAGAUUUGCCAGGAGCAUUACUUGCUGAAGAAAUAAGAGAUGUACUGGAGUUAGAAUCAAUCAAGACUCAUCACUGGAAGAUAGUAUGGUGCAGUGCUAUUACAGGACAAAAUCUUCUUGAAGGAAUUAACUGGCUUAUUGAUGAUAUAGCUGCUCGAAUAUUCACAGUGGAUUAGCACUGAUUUUUUUUUUAAUUAAUAUUGUUCCAUUCAACUCUAAGUGAAUGUUUUCUCUAACUACAUUUUUUUAUUAUUGAAAUAUAACUGUAUUUGUACUAUUUAUUAAUUAUUUGUUGAAGGAAAAUGUGUAACAAAUUAAAUUGAACAGACUCAGGAUAUUCUUUUACAUAUUCAGUAAUUCUGAAAAUACUAUGAAAUAUGUUUUCUUUUGUUAUUAAUCCUUGUAGUGCCAGGUUUAUUAGACAGAUCAAGUAGCCUAGUGUAGCCAUACCAAUUUAAACACUCACAGACUUAUGGAAGGAAUGAGUUUUUUGUAUGUAUCUAUAUCAUAAAAUUCUGUAAAACCCACUUUUUUCAUCGAUUCCCAUGUUACAAGUGUAUACAUGUCAUCAGUUGUCACAGAAACACAUUUUUUCUAAGAAAUAAAAGGUGGUUUGGCAUGAUC